AAUAUCCUUCGACAGCCAUGCAUGCUUGUUCUCAGCCCGUGCGUCACAGCUGCAUUUGACACGCCCCUUCCAAACGCUUGUUGAAUAGGCAUGACAAGGAAACAUGACAAGCGCUAAAGAUGAAUCUCAUAUACUGUUAUCACCGCACGCAUCCCUUCGCCAUUUGAAUGCCGCUGUACUCCUGAACGGAGCCACCGGGAAAGCCGCUUGGGACCCAGCCAAAAAUUACAACUGAAAGCAGAAACCCAGCCCUGCUGCGAUUACGCACCGAGAGAGGGAGCACGCUGAUGGUGACAGCGGCACUUCAACAACUAAACUCCUCUGCGAUCAACCGUGCGAUACUUGAUCCGUUUUCUGCCGUGCCGCCUCAGAGGAUGUAGACCUCGGCCUGCUGUCUCUGACAUGCUCGUUUUAACCGGACUUGUCGCCAGUGGCUCGUUUGAACAGGCAAUGCCUUCCUCGCGCGUUUUGUGGCGCAAACUACAACAACCGCACGCGUACGCCAGCGAUUCGUUGUUUUACUUGUCUAUACGUGUGUUGGUAGUUUAAAAUGCCUAGGUUUUUGUUUUAAAUACUUUUGUACGGACGGAAAAUAGCGUGUUCGGCUGGGAGGAGCAAUAAGGAGCUCUAUCUACUCUUCGGCUUCCACGGCAAUACCACGGAGGGUUAUUUUGAUGGAGCUGGAGAAUAUUGUUGCAAACACGGUACUCCUGAAGGCAAGAGAGGGUGGAGGAGGAAAACGGAAAGGAAGAAGUAAAAAAUGGAGGGAGAUCCUUCGUUUCCCUCAUAUCAGUCAGUGCACAGAGUUGAGCAAAACCAUUGAGCGGGACUACUUCAGCCUGUGUGACAAGCAGCCCAUCGGGAGACUUCUGUUCCGCCUCUACUGUGAGACCCGACCAGAGCUGCAGCGAUCCAUCCAACUCCUGGACGCCAUGGAGGACUACGAGGUGGCACCUGAUGAGAAGAGGAAGAGUCGAGGAGAUGAGAUCAUCAAGAAGUUUCUCACCAAGCAGUCCUCUGAGUGUGUAGAUAUAGCUGAAGGUCUUGCUGAAAGUUGCAGAGAAAAUCUAGAACUGAGCCCCUGCAAAGAGAUCUUCAGUGACUGUCGCAAAGCUCUUCAUGACUACUUAAGUGGUGCUCCUUUUGCUGACUAUCAGAACAGCAUGUACUUCGACCGCUUCCUCCAAUGGAAAAUGCUCGAAAGACAACCCAUCACAAAAGACACGUUUCGGCAGUACAGAGUUCUGGGGAAAGGAGGCUUUGGAGAGGUGUGUGCAUGCCAGGUGAGAGCCACAGGUAAAAUGUAUGCCUGCAAAAAGCUGGAGAAGAAAAGGAUAAAGAAGAGGAAGGGGGAGGCAAUGGCUCUAAAUGAGAAACAGAUUCUGGAGAAGGUCAACAGCAGGUUUGUGGUUAGUUUAGCGUACGCGUAUGAGACCAAAGAUGCCCUGUGUCUGGUGCUGACCAUAAUGAACGGUGGUGAUCUGAAGUUUCACAUCUAUAACAUGGGAACCCCAGGCUUUGAGAAGGAGCGUGUGCAGUUCUACGCUGCUGAGAUCUGCUGCGGUCUCGAGCACCUGCACAGAGAGUCUAUCGUCUACAGGGAUUUAAAACCAGAGAAUAUACUUUUAGAUGAUAAUGGUCAUAUCCGGAUCUCAGACCUGGGGCUGGCCAUUAAAGUGCCUGAUGGAGAACAGAUCCGUGGCCGAGUGGGAACCGUGGGCUACAUGGCUCCAGAGGUGAUCAAUAACGAGCGGUAUAGCAUGAGUCCGGACUGGUGGGGAUUGGGUUGUCUGAUCUAUGAGAUGACUGCUGGCCGAUCGCCUUUCCGCGCUCGCAAAGAACGAGUGAAGAGAGAAGAGGUGGAGAAGAGGGUGCAAGAGGAGGAAGAGGAGUACAGCGACAAGUUUUCAGAAGACACCAAAGCCAUCUGCAGGAUGCUGUUAGCCAAAGAUCCCAAGCAGAGGUUCGGCUGCCAGGCGGACGGAGCAGCUGGAGUCAAAGCCCACCCCUUCUUCAAGAACAUCAACUUCAAGAGGCUGGAGGCUGGCAUUCUGGAACCUUCCUUUGUGCCUGAUCCCAGGGCGGUCUACUGUAAAGAUGUUCUGGACAUUGAGCAGUUCUCCACCGUUAAGGGUGUCAACCUGGACCAAACAGACAAUGAUUUCUACUCCAAGUUUGCCACUGGCAGUGUCUCCAUCCCAUGGCAAAAUGAGAUGAUCGAGACGGAGUGCUUCAGUGAUCUUAACGUAUUCGGGCCUCAGGGGACGCGGCCCCCUGACCUGGAUUGGAACCAGCCUCCCGAGCCUCCUCGGCGUAGCCUGCUGGACAGGAUCUUUAGGAGACAUCAUCCAGAGGUGACCAUCGCUCAAAGCCGGGUCUCGUCUUCCAGCGUCAACUCCGUUGACUCCAUGUCAAACUCUGCUCCCUAGUGGACAGAUUGCUUGCUACGGGACUACAGGGAACAAAAGAGAGUGAGCGUGACAAAGAGAGGAAAGAAUGAGAGUGAGGAACUCCUCCUGCCCUUUAAAGACCGGUCACAAACCGUGAAAGAGUCCGUUUUCCUUGCCUUGGCCCUCACUAUCCAUCCACUGCCCGCCGAGAGGACAGGAGACAAAACAAGCUCCCGUUUAAAGACCUUUAUUUAUCCGUUUUGUGACAGAAAGGAGAACAUUUAUUCCUUCACCUUACGCUCCCUCAGGAUUGCUGGAACAGUAAAGAGCCACUGACAAUGACAGAAUAUUAACUCAUAUUAUUCAGGGGAUUUUAUCGACAAAGGCAGGCCUCCACAGGGAACGGGAAGGGGACUUUUUAAAUGUUCUUUUGCAAAGGAAAGCUAAUAUAGUGAACUUAAGAGACUACACGCGCACUCACAAACACACACACUUUCUCGUUUCCUCCUCCAUCCCUCACGCAAUACCUACCUACCCCCUUUUUUCUUUCCGUCUACUUGUAACACCUCCAACCUCAACCCAAAAUAUGCAUUGCCUUGCAUACUCUCAGGCCAAAGAUAGCACUUAUUACAAGAAGACACGUAUUUGAGCAGCCAUUGCCAUAUUUCGCUUCAGAGAAUGACGAAAGGCCUAAAAGCACAAGGAAAUAGGAGCUCGGUUAAGCUGUACAUAGUUUCCCCCUAUCUAUUUUGCAAAUUUUGUUAUAUCACUGAAAAACAAACUCAGUUUGGCAGUUUCAGUCUCUUCCAGUCUACUGAAAGGGAUAGUUCACUCAAAAUUGAGAAUUUUGUCAUGAUUUUCUCAUCCUCAUGUCAUUC